AUGCAGCGAGUCGCCGAAGAGGACAUUCAUAUAGUUCGGGAUGUCACAUCAGAAAUGUGGGAUCAGAUGAGAGAAUUAAUGCGAACGGUGCCGUGGACAACUCAGGAUGAAGCUGUAUGGCAGCUACUGCCAGAAAUGAAAAACAUCUUACCGGUUUUUGCCAUAAGGAAAUCAGACACUUAUGUGCUAGGUGGCCUUGCAAUGGUGGUCACUGAUAUUCUGUACGGCGCAUUUUAUGUGAUGCGAUCAAAUUUUCGAGGACAAGGAAUUGGAAUGAAGUUAACGUACGAGCUCACAGAGCUAGUGCGUGGUUUUGCAGAAAUGAAGCCAGUGCUUGGAAGAGGAGGAAUUGCCCUAUUUGACGCUAAUGGAAAUAUGCAAGGAUUAACUGGAGCAGUACCAACGUUGAAUAGUCAUCACAUCAUCAAAAUUGGACCGAUGUUUGCCGCUUCACGGGAGAACGCUUGUUAUCUGCUCAAAUGCAUCACGGAUAUGAUUCAAACACCGAGUGCAACGUUUGUAAUUUAUAUAUCAACAAACUCAGCUGGAGACUGGAUGUUGAAGAAGUGCAGAGACGCAAAAAUCCCGUUAACAUUCGUAGGUACCGCUGCUAACUCCACCUGCGGUAAGCGAAUUAUUUACAAAGACCCUUGUGCUACCGAACUUAUGUUCGCCCCCAUGAACUGCCCUCUUUAUUUUGAUCGAUAG